CCUGAGUUUAAGAAAUACAAUAAAAGCACAAAAAAUCAGUAUUUAUUAUGCAGUUGGACAAACGAUAAGAAAUAAACAAUGUGGGUUAAACCACAAGAAGUUUUGUUGGCUAAUGCAUUUUGGGAAAGUGAAAGAGCAAAUCCAUACUUUACACUACAAAAACGGAGAGGCCACGGAGGAGGGGGAGGUUUUGCAUCACUUCUGCUUGGUACUUUAGAUAACGUUCUUGAUAACAAACCUCAACCAUUUCGAAUAUUACUACAAAUUCAAGAUUCUGAUGUUUCAUACAUGAUAGCUUCUUCGACAUCAAAAUCAGAAAUAGAAGAAGAUUGGUCAUGGCUUCAAAGUUCGAUGAUGAACACAUUGGAGAGUUUUGACAGUGAUGAAGAUAUCAGAGAAUUUGUCAAAGCGAAGAUUGAAAGUUUGGUAGCCAGUACGUUAUUACAAAAUCCUCAUCACAGUGUUGAUACAGACAGUGAGAAGUUCCAAUCUGCAAAAGCAAGAUUCAAACGACUGUUUGGAAUGCCUGAUGCUGAAAAACUUGUAAACUACUAUUCUUGCAGUUUUUGGAAAGGAAAGGUUCCACGACAAGGCUGGAUGUACCUCUCAGUAAACCAUCUUUGUUUUUAUUCAUUUCUGCUUGGAAAAGAAGCAAGAGUUGUUAUUCCCUGGAUAGAUAUUGUGGGUUUGGAGAGAACAAGUGGAGUUGUCCUACCAGAUGGAAUUAAAGUUACAACUCGUGCUCAUGAAUAUUAUUUCUCGAUGCUCUUACAUGCCACAGACACGUUUAACUUGAUUGAACAACUUGCGAACAUAGGAAUGAAAAGCUUGCUGUCAGAUGAACAUUCUCUGGAACACGAUAGACGCAUUUUACCAAGCAUUAAAAGAGGUAAAAAAAGAAAUUCCCGUAGAGCUUCUUCAUCGUUGAAACGUGAUCUAGAUGCGAGAGCACGAAGUGAGCAUUACAGGCGCACAUUCCAUUUGCCAAGAGAUGAAAAGUUAGAUGGAAACUUGCAGUGCACUCUGUGGAGUCCAUUUAACAAGGCACAUAUGUGGGGUGUUCUAUAUAUUUCACCAAAUUUUAUUUGUUUUGAAAGUAGGAUUAAACAGUUAUGUUCUGUCAUCAUACCGAUGUGGGAGGUAUCAGUUGUAGAAAAAAUGAGCACAACGAAUAUUGUACCAAGUGCUGUGCAUAUCACAACAAAAUCAAAAUUGACAUUUCUAUUUGCCUCGUUGAAAGAUCGUGAAUUUCUGCUGGAAAAAAUAUCAGACUUCUUAUCAAAAACACCAACCGUAGAGACAAUACCAGAAUUUUUUUCAGAUGAUACGAAUGAAAGUGUUUAUUUUCAACCAGCGCUUAAGCAUGUGUUCUGUCCAGUUAAUGAAGCAGGGAUUCCUGUGAAAGAGUCAGUGAAAGAACAUCUGUGGAGCUUGCAUUUUGCAGAAUAUGGACGUGGCAUAUGCAUGUACCGCACUCCAAAAACUCACGAAUUAAUUUUAAAAGGAAUUCCAGAUAGUCUUCGUGGAGAAAUAUGGAUUUUAUUUUCUGGGACAAUUAAUGAGAUAACCAGCAACAGUGGUUACUACAGACGUCUAGUGAAAGAAAGUGUUGGUAAAAUGGUAAUGACGUCAGAAGAAAUUGAGCGUGAUUUACACAGGUCUUUGCCUGGGCAUCCAGCGUUUCAAUCAGAAGUUGGUAUAGCUGCUUUAAGAAGAGUGUUGAAUGCAUAUGCAUGGCGUAACCCAAGUAUUGGUUACUGUCAAGCAAUGAAUAUAGUAGCGUCUGUUCUGCUACUGUACUGUACUGAGGAGGAAGCCUUCUGGUUGUUAACCUGUGUGUGUGAAAACAUGCUGCCUGAUUACUACAACACCAAAGUGGUUGGAGCCCUGGUAGACCAAGCUGUAUUUGAAGUACUAACAGAAGAAUACAUACCAGAUUUGCAUGCGCAUUUAAAAGGGCUUGGUGUAUUAAGCAUGAUUUCGUUGUCUUGGUUUUUAACUAUUUUUAUCAGUGUCGUACCUCUGUCUUGUGCUGUCAGCAUUCUGGAUUGUUUCUUCUACGACGGAGCAAAGGUCUUAUUUCAACUGGCUUUAUCGAUUCUUGAAGCAAACAAAGAGAAGUUGAUAAAAUGUCGCGACGAUGGAGAAGCGAUGACGGUGUUGAGUGCAUACUUUGAACGUGUGUCGUGUCGAGACGCGUCGCAUAUACUGCAAGAUACGAGAAAACAAAAACAGAAAACCAACUCGAGCACUGAUGUCGAUGUCAAUGAUUUAAUAAUUGGUUCGUAUCAAAAGUUUGGUUUCCUCACCACGGAGAAUAUAGAUAAACAAAGAAAUCAACAACGUCUGCGCGUAGUGCAGCAUUUGGAAGACAGUGUGAAGCGGAAUGUAAUACGUUGUGUGGCUGCUGACUCAGCAUUUCCGACCGAUGAACUUGAGGAAUUGUUUGUUUUAUUUAAGAGUGCACAUAUGAAAAGCAGGUACUGGGGCCAACGAGAAAAGAGUGAAAGGUCGUUACCUAGCGAACACAACAGUUGGAGGGAUCCACACGAGGGGAUCUGGAUAGAUAAGCAACGCUUUCAGGAUUUAUUUAGUGCACUUUCACCGUGGGGUGGUGGCGAAAUGAGUGAUGUUUUGGCUAAUAGAUGUUUCAGGGUCGUUGACACUAAAUGUAAGGGAAUAAUUAAUUUCAAAGAAUUUACAAUUGUAUUCGAGAAAAUAUGUCGAGGUGAUAUAACGCAGAAAAUGAAGUUACUCUAUCAAAUGCAUCUUCCCCCUGCGUUACCACUACAGGAGUUGCAAGAACUUUCAAAUGAUGAUGUUGAUUCGUACGAUGUGGUAGAGUCGGCCGCCGAGGUAACAGAAGAAGAUCGUUUUCUAAAAAGUGAAGAAGCGACCAAUAAAGAAGAGCCUUUAUACGUUAUAAGAACAUCUCGCAUGGAAGCCCUUGGACGUGUGGAAGACAAAGAGAAUAUUGUUUUAACCCCUUCGGAUAGUUCCCCAUUAUCUAAUCAGAUAAUAGAUAGUCCUUUAGGUACAUCUCCCAAUUUUUGCUCGUUAACGCGAUCGGGUGAGGUAAUCACCUCGUCUAGUAAAAGACCCAGCUUAAAUAAAGUGGAUCCGGAACUUCGAGAUAGAAGCCACUCUAAAAGCCCGCUAGAGUUUCGUGUAGAUCAUUUUGAAGAUGAACUUGAGGAAGCGAUGAACGAUGAACAUCACAUCGUCCAUAAUACGAAAAAUAGCGACAGAGCUAGCAAUGAUUCUGGUAAACUCUUGUCGGAAGAAAAAGCAGGAGUGAUAUCAGAUGACAACAAGGACUUCAAAGAUGAUAUUAACAAAUCACCAAGUGUCGAUAAAGUUAUUGAACAUAGCGUCGAUGAGAUUGAUUUGGAUACAACGAAUUUACUCGAGUUGUCAAAUGCAGAAAGCGCUGAAGCACGGUUGAAAGUGAAAAAGUUUGUUGAGUCCAUGAUUGAAGACGAUGAAGAAAAGAAUAGCGAUGACGAGUUGACAGAUAUGAACCAGGCUCAAUUUAUCGAGCUGUGGAAGAGUUUUUUCUCUUUAUUUCGUGAGGAUCCAACUCAAGAACAAGCUUUAUACCAAGCCAUUGCAAAGUGCGGAACGUUGCUAUUACAAAUUGGUGACGUUGCCAAGGAGACAGCUACUAACGGGGUCAUUACAAGUGAUAAUAUAAAUGGCGUCACAAAUGAAGAACUAGCUGAGUUAACUGAAACUAUGUCUUUAGUAGAUAACCCUAAUCUGGACAUCACAUCAAAUGAGACUUUUGUUUUUGUGCCGAAGUUACAUGACUCUGAAACGUCGUCUAUUUCAUUGAACGAUUUUUUAAGCGUAAAAACACAAGAGCACUCACAAGAUCAGGAUGUUUUAAAUGAAACUGAAAAUAAAACGGCAGGAGACACAAGUAUGUCAAGAUUUGAUCCAGAUAGUGUUACUAGCAGCCAAAAAAUAGACUGUAUGCCAGACAACGAAUCAAGUACUACAAAACAAAUAUCUGGUGAAAAUCAAACAGUUGGUUUACUAGAUCAGGAAUGGAAAAUAAGAUACGGGCAGUUCCUUGCCUGUAUGCUCUCCGAACCAGUGUUGUGUGAUCACUUUGAAAAACUGUUUGAUUUGGGCACUGCCAUGAAAAAAUAUAAGCAAGAAGGAGAGUUCAAAACAAUAUUCUCCCCCUGAUCUGUCCCAAGUUCGAAUCUUUUUGACAAGAUGGUCUUGUUCUAUCAAUGGAGGUACUUAGCUAUUAAAAUAUGAAUAGGGGAAUGAUGGAAAUUUGAUCGGGUAAAAUAUCAGGAACUAUUUUCAUUCUCUCAGCCACGACAUAUAUAUAUAUAUUGUUCUUUGAACAAGUAUGCACAUGAUUAACCCACAUUGUUUUUUUGCAUUCGAGUAUUCUUUAUAACACACACACUUUUGCUACUGUUGUUCGUCAAAAAAGAUGAGGGUAAGAUUAGUUAAGCAAAGUCAGAAAUUUUCGACUUUAUGGCAGAGUGCACAUUACAGAAGCUAAAAGGGAUCUAAGAACGAGCUUGGGCAAAAGUUUUGAGAUGAGGUAUUUCCCGGCGCUAUAAAAUCGACUUUACUAAAAUGUUUGCGAUAGUGUAUCCCUAAUGGUUUUGUGAAGUAUAAGAAUGUCUGGUUUGUGUGGAAUGUUAUUUCAAACUACUAUAUAGAAUUAAACAUUUAUACUUUGCCGUACGAAUAAUAUAUUUUUUUUAUUAUUUUUCUGCUUUAAUAUUUCUAUGAGACUGUUUUAAGAAUUGGAUUAAGCCAAUGUGUCAUUUUAUUUGGACUAAUUUUGACGCUAAUCAGCUUUUAACCGACCAGGAUGGAAUAAAUUUUUACGCAAUGCUAUUUUUACCUGAAUUUUUUUCUCUCUAUAUAUAUUUUGGGUCGUGUCAAGGAUGAGAAAAGGCAAUUAUUAAUAUAUUUCAAAAAACGAAUUAAAAUCCUCUUUUCCGUACAUGGUCAUUUACCAGUAAGGUAUACUACUUUUAGCGCGAUGUUAAAACUAGAAGUCUUAACAUCGCGCUAAAAGUAGUAUACCUUACCUGCUAUAAAAUUUGUACUCGCGAUAAUUGAAUAAGGUAUGGCAGAAAAUUCUUUUUAUUAAUAUUAGUGUAAAGUAAAUAUUUGUGUAUAUAUUGCCAACAAUUUUAACGUUAUAAUUCUUACGAACUUUUGAACUUAGUACAAAAAACAUAUUUUUUGAAAAAUAGCACAAUGUUGCUAAGUAUGGAAUCGCUAAUCUAACAGUAACCGGAGCUGGUUUUGGUAAACUUUUUUUCUAUGAAAUAGAAUUUUAAAAAAUAAU